AAUUUGAAAUAAUUGUAAUUAUGGAGGGAACCAUCGAAACUAGCAGCAUGAACUUUCAGGCCCGUACCUCCUAUCUGACCAACGAGGUUCUUUGGGGACAGAGAUUUGAACCAAUGACCCUGUACAGAAAGGAUCAUAACAAAUUUCAGGUCAAUUUCUCUGCGUUCAAUUCUACAUAUGAGGUUGAGACCCCCCUUUGUUCUGCUAAAGAGCUGGAUAACUAUAACAGUAACAAUCUUCUGAGGCAGCAACGGGCCCGAUUAUCUAUGAACCAUAUCCCUCGACCUCCACCAUCUGUUAUGGCCGAUCAUCAAUCUCAGUUUGGAGAUCAUCCGGUCCAUCAUCAACCUUACAGUCAACCUCCACACUAUCCAGGGUACAACUCGUAUCUGAUUUCGCCAGAACACAUCCACAGAAGUGCAAGCGUGAGUAGUAGACAAGCCCCCCCGGUCAACCACCAGGAGUCACCUGGAUUCAAUCACCAGCAGACUGCCAUGCCGGUCACCUCACCCCCUCCCUUGCACAGUUUGGAUUCUGAUUCUUCCAUCGACAUGUCUACAAAAAAGGAAAAGUUUGGAUUAAAAUUUUUAAAACAUAAUUUAAAAAUGGACAUAAAAUAAUUAUUAUUUAAGAGGCUGUAAAGAAAAGAGUUUUUAAAGUGUACCUAUACCUAUAAACUGGCAUGUCCGAUUUACAUCUUAAGACCUUUGACAGAACAAGGAUUAUGUUAAUAUAAUAUUAGGGUUUCCAAUCGCAAUUCCGUUGCGUGCAAUAGCGCACAACUGUAAUAGAAUUGCGCGCAAUUGUUAGUAGAUUACAGGGCUCGCAAUUGCGCGCAAGUAAAAUCCACUUGCGUUGGAAAUUCUAUAUUAUACAGAAAAAUUAGUUUUGAAGAUUUGAGGUUACGUUAUACACUCAUUCGUUAUCAUUGAACGAAAUUCCCGAGCUUCCUUUUUGGGGCCUUAACUUUUGUCUAGAUUUUGAUUUAAAAGAUUUGAAAAAAUUGGAA